UGCAAUCAGCUGACCUUAAUAGGCUAGCAAUAAGAAAGCAUCAUUUCAAAAAAUUAAUUAUAUAAAGAGUGACUGUGGUGAUAAACAGGAGUUUGAUCCAGGAACUAAGAGAAUGUGAUUAAGCUGUACAAGCUUACAUAAGCGACAUGUCAAAAAUGAAACCAAAAGUACUUCGAUUUCAAAACAAAACAACCUUCAGCUUUCAAAUUGUGCGCGCCUCUUCUCGUUUAAUGUCUGCAAAAAUGUCGUCGGUUGUGGUCUUCUUCUCCCUUCACGUCUUACUGGCUUCUGGAUUGAAAGAGCUCCGAGUGAGGUCUGGACAAGAUGCCACUCUUCAGUGUUGGGGUCCCAGAGAUGCACACGUCACCCUGCUGGAGUGGAGCAGGCCGGAGCUCAUCUCACAGGGUUAUGUGUUCUUCUUCCAAGACCAGCGCUCGUACGAGAACUACCAGCACGAGUCCUUCAAAGGCCGAGUGCAGCUGAGAGACUCAUCCAUGAAGGAUGGAGACGUUGCUGUGAUUUUGAGGAACGUCAGGGUCAGCGAUACAGGAACAUAUGAGUGUGAGAUUACAACCAGCAGCAUCAGAAAUGGCGAGAGAGUCGUCAAAGAGUUCAAGCACUCCAUCAACCUCACAGUCACAGACACAGGUUUCACAGAAGGACAAUCCAAAGAAAAAGGACACAAGGAUGGAGGAGACAAGGAUAUAUCUUUUUUUGUUAUUAUGUUCAUUCUGACGUGCGGACUCCUUGGUGUUAUGGUUAUUGUUACUGUAGCUGUAGCUGUAAAUAUCUACAGGGGAAAAAAAUCAAUCAUCAAAAACCCAAAUCAUACCAACAUGAUGGAAAGUGAACAGCUGGCAUGAAAUGUGUCAGAUCUGUCCCAGAUCUGUUUUGAGAAAAACAAAUUAUUUCAGUUGUUCAGUGGUCCUUUUUUUAAUUAAUGCUCCUAUCCAACGUGACGUCACUUUUAUCCUUUAAAACCUCUAAUGAGCAAUCCAUGCGUUCAUCUUAUCUCAACUGGAUUACUGUAAUUCGCUUUACUUCGGUGUCGUUGUUGAUGUUAAUUAAACUGUUUAAUUAUUACUUUGUGUAGCAUUUCUCUUCUCUGAUCCUGUAAUCACAGUUACAACUUACAGCAAUGUCAUGUUAGCAAGUGAUGAAACUAACAGCCUUGCUGUGGAUCUCAGAGUCACAAUACUUUAUUAACGCCUAAGGAAUUUUCCUCUGUAUGUAUUAUUGUAGUGUUUAACUUACAAUAUAAAGCACCUCGA